UGCUACUCUGCUCUGUGCUGCCCUCUGGUGCAAUUACUGUGGAUGAAGGCUCUUCCCAGUGGAUUGCAGGUGAAUUGAACAGCAAGUAAUAAUGGCUUUGCAAAGGGUCUUGUGCAGUGUUUCCCGUCGAUCUUUUUCGACGGCCCGACUUGGUGGUCUCUUUAAAGCAUCGGACAAUCUUCCCAAUCCUCUUGAGCAUGCUAGCGGUCUGGAAAGGAAACAAUUGCUGGCAGAGCUGCAAGGAAAUGAGGAUCCUUUUGAUAUGAAUAUCCAGAAACGGGGUGUUUGCACCAAGGAAAAACCUCAUGUUGUAUAUUCCUCCUUCCACGAACGCCUAGUUGGUUGCAUAUGUGAAGAAGACUCUGAGAAUGUUGUCUGGAUGUGGCUCAGACAGAGUGAACCCAAGCGAUGUGCUUGUGGUUACUGGUUUAAGCUCCAGAAGGUUGAGGAUCAUUAAAGUAUGAUGUAUAAUACCACAUUUUCUGACGUGUGUAGUUCAAAUAUUAUUUGAGCAACCACCAUUAGUGAAUUAGCAAUGUCUAACUGGUCAUUGCCAACAGCUUUGUACAGUUUAAAACCUGCAAUAAAAUACUUUUAAUUGGGA